CACUCCGUCUAUCGCCGUCAGCGACGGUCACAACCGCCAUUCCGUCUUUGCCUCUGUCCAUCAUGUUGUCCUCCCGUGCUGUUGGCCUCGGCCCCGCUCUCAGAAAAGCUGCACUGGCAAGGAGCCAGGCAGGCGCUCGUGCGGUCGUCCUUGCGCGUGGUGUUGCCACCGACUCUUCGAAGCCCCAGGUCUUGCCUCCUGCUGCAGGUGUCGAGAUCCUGAACAGGCAGCGCCUUCGCCGCCCGUCCAGCCCUCACUUCACCAUCUACCAGCCCCAGAUCACCUGGCUCGGCUCCAUCGCCAACCGUGUGACUGGCGGCGCUCUCGCCGGACUGCUGUACGCGUACUCCAUCGCCUACCUCGUCUCUCCGGACAUCUUCGCCUCAGCCAACGUCGUUGAGACCCUCGCAAGUCUUCCCGAGUCCCUCAAGUAUGCCGGCAAGGCCCUGCUUGCCGCUCCGUUUGCCUUCCACUCAUGGAACGGUCUCCGUCAUCUCAGCUGGGACAUGGGCAAGUUCCUUUCCUUGAAGGAUGCCCACCGCACCGGCUACGCCGUUCUUGGCGCGACUGCUAUAUCAACAGUCGCCCUUGUUAUGAUGUAGAUUCACAAAGGGCUACUCUUAUUAUCUUGUCAGUCGACAGUUGUCUCGGGUUGUUGAAUGAAUAUGACACGCAGUCUGCGAAUUCCUCC